AGAAAUUACCGAGUCACUGUAAAUCCUCGUGUGGAGGAGCUGAAACAUCCAGCAUGGUGAACAGGAGACGCCACGGGUCCCGCACCCAGACCCAGCAGCGCCGUAGACCACCGCCGGUACAGACACUGAGAGAACCAGCAAUCUUUGCUAAAGCGUCUGGCACCAAUUCUGAUGUCCCUCAUGAUAAAGUGACGUUAGCCCAGGCCCGGCGUGGCACUCCUGCUCACCGGCCUGUGAGGGUCUAUGCUGAUGGAAUCUUUGACCUCUUCCACUCCGGCCAUGCACGAGCUCUAAUGCAGGCCAAGAACCUCUUCCCCAACACACACCUGAUCGUAGGAGUUUGCAAUGAUGAGUUGACACACAAGUAUAAAGGCUACACAGUGAUGACUGAGGAUGAACGCUACGAGGCCCUUAUUCACUGCCGCUAUGUAGAUGAAGUUGUCCGCAAUGCACCAUGGUCCCUAACCCCUGAAUUCCUAAAGAAACAUAGGAUUGACUUUGUGGCCCAUGAUGACAUCCCAUACACUUCAGCUGGAUCAGACGACGUCUAUAAACAUAUCAAAGCGGCAGGAAUGUUUGUAGCCACUCAGAGGACGGAAGGCAUCUCAACCUCAGACCUCAUCACGCGCAUAGUCCGAGACUACGAUGUCUAUGUAAGACGGAACCUGCAGAGAGGAUACACAGCCCGGGAACUGAACGUUGGUUUUAUCAAUGAGAACAAGUAUCGUCUACAGAACCAGGUGGAUAAGAUGAAAGAGAAGGUGAGGACGGUGGAGGAGAAGUCCAAACAUUUAGUGCAUCGCGUGGAGGAGAAGAGCCACGACCUCAUUUUUAAAUGGGAGGAGAAAUCCCGAGAGUUUAUUGGGAACUUCCUGGAGCUCUUUGGCCCUGAUGGAGCUUGGAAUAUGAUCCAAGAGAGGAGUGGACGUAUGCUCCAGGCUCUGUCUCCAUACCAGUCCCCCCGCAGCUCACCCAGCAGCAGCCCCACCAGGGGGCGCUCCUGCUCUCCUCCAACCUACUGAUCCUCCCCAUCUGUACAGGCUUUACCCUUUAAAGGAGAACUCUGCUGUAAAAUUGACCUUUGGUGUAGUAAAACAUGAUAAAGAGUACUAACCUUUGUUGUAUAGCCCACCUCCGUUCUCCUGCAGCUUUCCAAGAUCCAGACAUUUUUUACAGUUUGUCCAAACAUGCUUUAGAAUGGAUAUGGGGCAUAUUUUUCCUCUGCAGAUAAAUUGCUCUUUACACCAUUAUCCAGGCUCAAAGUAGCUCCACACCUCAUUGGUAGAAUCCAGAGAGCACUGACAUUUAAAACAAGGCCUUAAUAACUUUAAAAGUGCAAAAUAAGUUUAUUAAAAACUACUGUUUACAUCAUGUAGCAUAACCUAAUCUCUGGGUGUUGCCAUCUUAAGGGAAAGGUAAGAAUGGAGGUGGGCUAUACACCAAAACUAAAUUUUACACAAGAGUUCUCCCUUAAGAAGCCCUCCUCUUCAACAGGUCAGGAGAGAGUAUACCUUAAGAACUGCACUGCGAGUAGGCCUGUCUCGAUAAGCUUUUUUGGAUGAUAUAUUGUCCCCCCCAAUAAAUUGCACUAAAUUAUAUUAAAGAUCAUAAGUUAUAUUUUAAGACCAAUUUAUAAUACAGUAAUAGUGCAUCAAACAUGCAUUAACCCUUUUAAUAAAAAAUAAUUAUAAAUAUACCAAGUAAAUAAAACAUUAAAUACAUAUAAAAAGCCACUCUUUGUACACAAAAGGUGAUAAGAUAUAAAUAUAAAAUAUAAUAUAAAGGAAGCUCAGCAAAAAUGAUUACUGCACUCAUCAAGUAGUUGUCGUGACAGGCCUAACUGUAUGUGACAUUAACCUGACUUUACAUUGUAAUACUAAUAUGAUACGAUGUUAUUUAUUGAUGAGAUUUGUAUUUAUUAAUUAUUAACUAAUUGUAUAUUUUGUUAUUAAUUUACACAUUUUUAAUUCAAUAUGCUAGUAUUCUUUACCAAAGCCAUUCACAAAAAAUUGUUUUCAAAUUCUUGAUGAGAAGGAAAGCAUGUCCAGUGUCAAAAGCGUUCAUAAACAUGUUUAUUAAUUUCACUUAUAAACUCUCUUAAUAUUAACAGAGCUGGGAGUGUAUAGUUUACAGCAGUUUGUCCCAAUCACAACUUCUCUCUGCUCUUCUAGGCUACGUUCACAUUACUAAAGUGACUAAAGUGACUCAAAUCUGAUUUUUCGCUUAAAGUGGCUCAGAUCUUUUAUGGCUGUGUGAACGUGCCAAAUCCGUUUUUUUUUUUUUAAAUCAGAUUUGAGUCACUUUCAUAUGUGAUCCUAAAUUGUAUACAUAUCUGAUCCAUGGACAUGUGACAUGAAUGUAAGUGGUCAAAUCGGAAUUCAUGUGACUUUUUGCUUUUACGCAUGCGCUACGUGCUUCUCGCUGGUACCCACACAUCUCUUGGUGCAGCUGUGCAGCUAUAGCUGCAAAAACAGCAAAAGCAAACCGCCUGACCUUUUUUCACCUCCUCGACCUGAGCAUGUACUUCAGACUAGCUGUUUGCUCUCCACUCCAGCAAAAGAUGCUCCACAUAGAGCUGCUAAUGCAUUCAUUUCCAUUUAUAAAACUACGAGUCGUCUCUCAAAUAUGAGAUUUUUUUGUUGUUGGUUCAGAAGGCGAUACACGUAUAUACGUUAUACACGUAUCAGUGUGCGCAUGUGCAUGUGAGGUGUUUCAGGGACAGAUUCGUUCACAUUACACACAGAUACAGGUCACUUACAUUUGUGAAUGUGAACCGAAAAAAAAAAUCGGAUUUGAGCAAUGUGGCUUGUAAUGUGAACGUAGCCUUACACUCACACACCCGACUAAACUCAUCAGCUAAAUAAGGAUCCUAUAACAGAUGUGUAAAUGGCAGUGUUGGAGCAGGUAAACGAACAGAAGGGUUCGGUAGCACUGCUUUACAGCAAUAAAUAUUCCCAUGUGUUGAACUACACAUUCCUAGAAAAAUAAAGUUAUAUUUCCUCAA